GAAAGCGUGGCGCAUCCCAGCACGCACAUACACACCGUAAAGAGUGCGGCUUUGGUGCAAUCAAGCAUACGGGUUCACUCUUCCCCAUCACUAGAAGUACAUCUAUAUACAUAUACAUUCAUUUCCUAACGUUAUCUUAGAUUGGUCUUGCAUUUUAUUUCUGCGGAACGCUAGGGAAUGCAGAGCAGCACGGGAGCCUCCGCCGCAGCGUCUUCAACGACGUCGUCCUCCUCGCCGAACCUUACGCGGGUAUUCGCCGGACACAGCAGACAGCAGUCCACCUCGCCGCACCCUCUCCACGAUGAAACCCGAUCACCCGCCCUCGCAGUCCAAGAUGGGACUUCAACAUUCACAGCUGCAGAACAAGGCGCCGCUGUCGUGACGCAUCAACGUUUGCAUUCUCAUAAGCGGGAGCAUGAAGAUGAAGAAAGAGAAGAGGAGGAGGCACCGCCUGUGGGCUCCUCGUCACGCCUCGAUACCGCGAUCCUCGACACUCUGCUGUGGAUGAGCGGUAUGCGCCGAAGCACGGGAGCCGAUGCAGCGGCACACGAGACCGCUGACCUCAAAUCGCUGCUGUUGAACGUCGACGCCGACACACCAGCAGCGGGGCGCACAGGGGAUACUUCACCAUCGACGGCUAGAGCAGGAUAUGCGCACACGCCGCACGACACUCCUGUCAUCCCAGCCACGCAAGAGGAGCUUUUUCAUGUCGAGGCAUCCCAGCAACAGCAGCCGCACACCCCGGUGCAACGACGCACUCCGGCGCCGUACACCCUCACCCACAAUGACCGAGAAAACUAUCACAGCAACGUCGCAGUGGUCGACGAGGGGCCAACACCGCCGAGGACCAACGGGGUAGCGCUAACUGGUCCCUCGGGUCUCGUUCAUACCACUCGCACCUCCCCCAGUGCGGACGCGAUGGCACGCUCGCCGGUGUCCGACACGUCUGCCGCUCCGCGCGCAGGGACGGGUGGGCGCCACAACACCCACGUCGCCGGUUCGGAGAACCCCAGAGAGACCGCCUCUUUGGUGGUGGGCGGUGUGCAAUGGCAGGCAGAGUUCGCCGCACACACGCAGCAGAUUUUGCGCGAGACCCACAAGCAGGUCGAGGUCCUACGGGAGUACCAGGUGAGCGCCGCACGCGAGAGGCAGCGCGCCGAUCAGCUCGCAGAAGCCAGGCGUGCGCUGGAAAGCAAACUAGCGACGGCAGAGCAGCGGCAGCGGCAGGAGGAGAGGCGGCACGCCGACACGGUGGGCGAACUCUCGCGGCAGGUGUUGGAGCUGGAUGAGGCGGUCGCGGCGUGGCGGCGCAUGCACGCCGUACUCGAAGGACGACUCGAAGCAGCGCAAAACACCGCAGUAGCGCAGCGGGCCGCGCAGGAAGCCGCCAUUGCGGAGUUGACGCAACGCUAUGAAUGUCAGUUAACCGCGCUGCGCAGCGAGCACCAACAGCGCGAGGCGACGUGGAGCGACGCGCAAGCGCGGCUGGUGCGGCUGCCUCAAGAGCAAAGCCAAGGUGUGUCGCCCGAUACAGGCGCUGUCGAACCGCAAAUGGACCUCACCUCUCUCCCGACGGCGGAACCUCUCAAUAGAGGGCCGAGUAUCAUCAACAGCAACGACAGUGUUCGCGCACCAAUGUUUGAGGAGACGCCAAGUGAUGCAGUCGUGUUCACGCGUGUGCACCCUGACGUGCUCGCCCAGCAGCAGCUGCGGGAGCAGACGCUGACAUCGCAGCUGUCGCUACUCGAGGCACGGCUGCAACGUGAAGUAGCGCAGCGUCGACUGGCCGAGGAGCGAGUGACGGAGCUGCUGGCGCAGAAUGAGGAGUUGCGGGAAGCAGCGGCGGGGUCGCCACGCGGCCUUCACCACGACGAACACUCCGUUGAACACGACAAUGGAACGGGCAAGACAACCACAACGCAGCAGCAGCAGCAGCAGGCGGUGCUUCACGAGAUACAGGUGGAGUAUAAGGCACUGCAAAAGGAAAGCAGAGCUUUACAGCAACGUCACGCCGCACAGCAGCGUCAGUGGGCAGAGCAGUGGGCUGCUGUAUGCGCUCAUCUGCUGCCAUUGCUAGAUUUUGCGGGAAUUAACUCGGCUGCUUUUGCAGAUGGCGCAACCGAUUCACAUGUGGUGGUUGCGGCUCUUCAAACCCUUAUGAUUACACUACGAGAACAAAAGCGUGCCGAUGCAGUAACCAAUACCCAGGAACGGGAGGCGGUGCGACUCGCCGCGCUCGAGCAAGCCCUCCAGCAAGCAGAUCAAGAGAACAGCGAGCAUCGAGUUGCGCUGGAGGUGGUGGAGGCGCAGCUGCGCGGCGCCCGCGACGAGCUGGCAGAGUGGCAGCAGCAGCAGCAGCAGCAGCUUUUGCGGCGACAGCAGCGACACGACGAUGAAUGGCGCGCCGCCGCGGCACACUUCAACGGUGUGGUGGCGAUGCUGCAACGGGCUUUGCGAGAAUACACGCAGCCACUGUCGACCUCUCACACGGCUGACGGCAACGCCUCGUCCGCGGCCGGUCCUGCACGAUCCCCAAAGCGCACCACGAAAGCGUCGAAGCCGAUGCAAUGCGUAUCUGCGACGCAGCCGGUAGCCGUGCGAACGUCCUCGAUGGCAAGUGCCGAGCACCUCAACGCGGUUGGCAGCGCCGGCAGCGCACCCGUCGAUCUCGAAGGCUCGAUGGAAGAAAAAGAAGCAACGACACCAACUACAGCAGCAGAGGUCGAAGUCGCCGCACAAUCUCGCGAGCACGUAAGCGCUGUGAUGCCGGGUGCGACACCGCGUAGAAGCGCUCAAGGCGUUGUCCGUGAAGACGACCAGACACCUGCGGGGGGUGAUGACGACACCGAUGACCUUAACGUCUCGGCCCUUUCGGUGUCCUCCAAAGCAAUUGCUGCGGCCGUCGAAGGGGAGGAGGCGGAGGUCGAUGCUGCCCCUGCAAUGGCACACCUGGCAGACGACAUGAAGCGCCUUGGCGGCAGCUUGUGGAGGCUGCUCGCGGCGUGGCGCACUCGUCAGCACACGCUUCUCGAGAGCCGCAAACACUGGAAGCAGAAGGCGCAAUACGCGUUGGCGACAAAUGCGGCGCUACGAGAAAAGCACCAGGCGCGCGAGAGACAGCGCACGCUUCAGAUUCGCCUGCUUCGCAGCGCCGAGCAGCACCACACGCAGGAGCUGGAGGAGCUCAAGCGCGAUUGGGCUGCAGCGCUGGAGCAGCAAGCCGCCCAGCACGCGCAUGAAGUAACGCAGCUGCGCGACACAGCGGCGCGUGAGCGGGCCGAUGUACUUGCGCGACUCCACGCUGCGGAUGAGAAGGCGCGCCGCGCGGAAGGCGCACUCGUCACGGCAGACACAAACUGCAGUCUUCUGAAAACCACCGUGCGGCAGCUGCAAGACGCGCAGGAGAGCGCCGUGACGAGGCACGAGCAGGCGCAGCGGCGACAGUCCGACUUGAACAUUCACAUCGAAGAUCUGGAAGGGUGCCUGCGGGAAGCGCAGCAGGUUGAGGUUUGUUUGCGCGCGCUGCUGAUCGCCGCGACGGGUGCGAUGGUCCGUCUGAUGCUGGCGCUGCAGCAGCUCCGUUACCACUACGCGGUUCUCCACGCCUUGCACGGCAACGCCGAAUAUCUUGAACACGCCGUGGAGCACAUCCUCUGCGCGCUAAACACCCACCAGCGCGCCAACGACGACGAUGCAGCCGUGGCGACGCCCGCGCCUUCCUCGUUCGCGCCUCACAGUGGUGCUUCGAUGUUUUUGCUGAUGAACUCCCCGGUUUUUCCUGCGGUAUCGCGGUCAGCGGCGCGGUUCCGUGCAGCUGUCUAUGCCGUCACUGCGAUGCACCGUAUGCAGCGACUUCUUCAGCUAUCCAAAACGAACACUCCCCCUGCGACCGCGUCUCGCCCGUCAUCACCCUUAUCGAACUACCAGUCCCUUAUCAGUGCUUUUGCCUCCUAUGGCGUGCCUACCCACGCCCAUUUUGGCGCGAGUGAGGGGCGGAGUGUUGGACAAGCGGACGGUGUCCUACCUGCUGUGCGGCUGCCCGAAACGCCAGAGCUGGUCGGCCCCCUUCUGCCGCUGCUGAGGCUCCACGAACCGCUGGAAACGCCACACGCGGUGGAGCGCCAGCGGCAAGUGUGCUUUGAGGCCAGCGAGAGGGAAGUGGGCAGUCGCACCGCUGCCGCCGCGGCAACCGUAGCGGUGUCGACGUCUCUACUGGGGCACCUGCUCUCUGUCGCCCAGGUCGAUGUGCACGCGCCUUCCACCUCCAUCGCGCUGGCCGGCGUCCACGCGGCGGCAAACGUGAAGGGGUGCUUUCAGCACGCCGCCCAGCAAACGCAGCGGUGCCGCUCCGCUCUGCGCCGCAUGAACGCGGCGAGCGACACAGGCGCCGGGACGCUGCUCGACAGCGUUUCCUCUCUGCUUCCCCCGGCCCUCGCGGCGCCGCUGCGGCAGCUCUCGUCGACAUCCUCGCUGCGUGCCCGUCACCUUCGCGAAGUGCAAGCCGUUGUGCAAAGGCUGGUGGAACAGAACCGCAAGCUUGUCUCUGCGGUGGAGACGCAAGCACAGCUCGGUGACGCGCGUGGGCUGGAGAUGGACUCCCUGAAUGCGCAACUGCUUCUUGCACCGCAGCAGCAAGAAUUGAUGUCGCUGCAGGAGCGUGUCGUGCAGUCCCGCGCUUCACUGCUGCACGAACGCCAGCUGCGCCGCGCAGCAGAGGACCAACUCGCCCAGCUCCGUCAAGAGCAACUGCAGUGGAUCGGCGAGGCGGAGCAUCUACAGCGGGAGGUGUACGCGCUGAACAUGGAGCUGGCGAACCUGUCCACCGACGCCGCCCAUCACCCGCAUCCCUCGGUUCUUUCUAUUCAACGCGAAGGGGACGAGGAGGAGGGCGCGGCAGCCGCAACCGCAGGGGCGGGUAGCGCUCCAGCGAGGGAAGCAGCUCACGCGGCUCGUCCUUGUUUGACUUCUUCGCCCUCUGUUUCCUUCACCACCGCGGCGGCUGUGCGGGCGGGAGCGGAACGGCGAACACCACCGCAGCGCUCUCCUGUCUCGCCGUGUCCCCUCGGUGGUGGCAGUGGUCGGAGUGGUAAGAGCGACUUUCAAGCAGCGCACGAGGAAGGCGCUGACAUGCGCGGAAGGCGCAGCCUCCACGGCAACGAUGACGAGGCCUACUACCAUCAGCUGCUGCACGGCGUGGGCGGCGGCCCUCUCCUCACCGAUGCUGCUGACGCUGGUAGGUCGGGAAGAGCACCACUGCGCUACCAGCAGCGACACAACAUCCCUACGGCAGAGGAGCUUGCACAGCAACGACGGGCUAGUCCGCGACUGUUGGACGGAGCGCGCGAUGCGGCAGCGAUGUACGCGGGUCACGGCAGCGGGGUAGAUCUCUUUGUGCCGAAGGUCGUGCAGGAGCAACAGCAAAGACAAACACGGCAACAGCGGCGCACGCAAGCAGUAUCCGUAGCAGCGGGGUCCGUGACUGUGGAAGACACCGCACGUGGUCCACAACACGCUCCUCUUAACAGCACCUGUGGAAGAGGCCCCGCGUCCGUACCAUCUACGCCAGCGAACAUUCGCAUGGUCAUCGCACCAAGCCAAACAACGCACAACCACCACCACAACCACCACAACAGUAAUUCGUCAGGUCAACUCCCGCGCCCCAUUGUGGAAAUUAAAACUUCGUCCCCAUCUCCACUUCAAGCGCCGCCGUCGAUUCCUGCGGAGACAUCCGUGUCCACCCCACCGCCGCAACGCCUUCGCGACGAGGGAGACGAAGACGAAUCCCAUUCUACGCAGAAGGACAACAAAAAGCCUGACCGGCAGACGGCGGUGGCACUGGCGAAUGGGUGGGCGCCCUCCUGCGCGUCUCCGCUGUCCGCCAUCCAAUCGGCGGCGUCGCCCCAGCCCGGGUCGCCCCCCUCGGCCACCGCAUUCUCAGCGCAGUCGCACCGUGAUGGGUUUGUCGCGUCGGGCGACGGCUCUGCGAGGUCGGCGCGGCAGCCCCCACCUCCGGUACGCCUCUCCCUCUCUGGGCAUCUGCACUCCUCGACGGCGCUGACGUCGCCGCCGCCGCGCCAGCUCGCGGCAGCGAACCAGGAGGGACGCUCGCGCCCCGUCAGCGGUCCUACGUACUUCACGCCGCGAUCUCGAUAA